AGGAAUUAAAAAAAUGCGCAAAAAAAAGAAACACACAAAGAGAAUAGGAGAAAGAAGAUACUUAUCUUUAGUGCCCUCAGUGGAGUUUAUCAGUGAAUUUUGUAAUAUUUUUCAAGCGUCCAUCUCCUCCUCGUGUAUAUUAUUCUUAUCAUUUUCUGUCGAGAUUUCAUUGCGGGUAAACGUUUUUUUUAUUAACUUUUUUUUGCCAACGAGUUUUUGGAAUUAAUUAUUUUUAUCAGGUGUAUUUUUAAAACAGUGUUUCGGUAAUGUAGGGAAAAAGUGAUUAAAUUUUCGUUUUGUUAUUUAUUAACUUUUAAUAUUAUUUGGAAAUUCUUCGAGUGUCAUGAGAAUUUUACAACAGAAUUUUUUAAGUCGAUCCAGACAAUUUUCAUCAAUUCUUCCAACAUGUGCCAUCAGUUCCAAUUUCCGGCUUUUGAGCAGUUUGAAGGGUAAAAUAAUAGCGAUAAGAAGAGAAGAUCAAUCAGUAUGGGAGAGGAGAGCAUCUCUGGCACCGACGAAUGUCCGAAGAUUGGUACGUUCGGGAGUGAAGGUGAUAAUACAGCCGAGCAAUCGAAGGGCAUAUCCGGUGCAAUCUUACCUUUCGGCUGGUGCCGUUUUACAAGAGGACAUAAGUUCAGCGUCCGUGAUUUUUGGCGUGAAACAAGUUCCCGUUGAUCAAUUAAUUCCAAACAAGACUUAUUGCUUCUUCUCGCAUACAAUUAAGGCCCAGGAGGGUAAUAUGCCCCUUCUUGAUGCGAUACUCGAGAAAAAUAUUCGUCUCAUUGAUUAUGAAAAAUUAACCGACGACAAUGGACAGCGUAUCGUUGCUUUUGGCAAAUAUGCCGGAGUCGCUGGUAUGGUGAAUAUUUUACAUGGACUCGGUCUUCGGUUAUUGGCUCUUGGACAUCACACUCCUUUUAUGCAUAUUGGUCCAGCGCACAAUUAUCGUGAUUCAUCGAUGGCAAGACAGUCGAUAAGGGAUGCGGGUUAUGAAGUAGCGCUUGGUGCUUUGCCAAAAUCAAUUGGUCCACUAACCGUCGUUUUCACAGGAAGUGGAAAUGUCAGUCAAGGAGCUCAGGAAGUUUUUCAGGAACUUCCCCACGAGUACGUGGCUCCUGAAGCAUUGAGAAAAGUCGCCGAACACGGAGACACAAAUAAAAUAUACGCCUGUCAAGUGAGGCGAAGACAUCAUUUGGAAAGAAAGGAGGAUGGCGUUUUCGAUCCAGAGGAAUAUGAUCAGCAUCCAGAGAGAUAUAUUUCAACGUUUAGUAAAAAAAUUGCGCCCUAUGCGUCGAUUAUAAUUAAUGGAAUCUACUGGGCCGUCGAUUCGCCAAAAUUAAUGACAAUACCGGAUGCAAAAUAUUUAUUGAGACCGGCGAAUACACCAUGGCUUCCGAUAAGUGUGGGCGCACCGGCUUUACCUCACAGAAUGCUGGCAAUUUGCGAUAUCUCCGCCGAUCCCGGUGGUAGCAUCGAAUUUAUGAACGAGUGUACGACAAUAGAUACGCCUUUUUGUUUGUACGACGCCGAUAGAAAUAAAGAUACGAAAUCGUUCAAGGGACCCGGUGUACUUGUUUGUUCCAUUGAUAAUAUGCCAACGCAAUUACCGCGUGAGGCAACUGAUUUUUUUGGCGAUUUAUUAUUUCCACAUUUAUUGGAUAUUAUGCAGUCGGAUGCAAAAAAAUCACUGGAAGAACAUAAUUUCUCCUCAGCAGUUAGUGGGGCAAUUAUUGCCUCUAAUGGAAAAUUAACAUCAAAUUUUGAAUAUAUCCAAGAAUUGAGACAAUUAAAUUUGAAGAGUAGGCAUAAGGCUUGCAUUGAUAAUGGAUCGGAGCAAUCAAAAAAGGUUGUUGUGCUAGGUGCCGGAUACGUGUCGGCACCAGUAGUGGAAUAUUUACAUCGCGAUAAGAAUGUCGGAAUUGUCGUUUGCUCUCAAUUAAAAGACGAAGCUGAUGCAUUAGCUAAUAAAUAUCCGGGCGUUGAACCGAUAUUUUUGAAUGUUUUGGAACGACCCGAUACAUUAGUGGAUGUCGUGAGUUCUGCCGAUGUUGUCGUUUCUCUAUUGCCGUAUUCUUUACAUCAUGUCAUUGCAAAAACUUGCAUUGAAACGAAAACACAUUUGGUGACUGCGAGUUAUAUGAAUGAUGAUGUGAAGGCUUUGCAUAAUCAAGCUGAAUCUGCUGGUGUGACGAUAUUAAACGAAGUGGGUUUAGAUCCAGGAAUUGAUCAUCUUUUAGCUUUGGAAUGUUUCGAAGGGGUGCGACAAGGAGGGGGGAAAAUUGAAUCAUUCGUCUCGUGGUGCGGUGGUCUUCCGGCUCCGGAAUGUUCUGAUAAUCCUCUUAGAUAUAAAUUCAGUUGGUCACCGCGUGGUGUUUUGUUGAAUACUUUAUCAUCUGCAAAAUAUUUCCACGAAGGGCAGAUUGUCGAAAUAACCGGAGGUGGUGAUUUAAUGUCAGCGGUUCAAGAUUUAGAUUUUUUGCCUGGAUUUGCACUUGAAGGCUUUCCAAAUCGUGAUAGCACGAAUUAUCGUGAUCUCUAUGGAAUUCAAAACGCUGAAACAAUUUUGCGAGGAACUUUGAGAUUCAAAGGUUUCACGGAAACAAUUCAAGCUCUUCAGUUUCUCGGUCUAAUUGAUCCGAAUCCAAAUCCAAUCUUGCAUCCAAAUGGACCCGAAAUCACCUGGAGAUCGUUAAUUUGCAACUUCCUCGGUUUGCCGAAUGAAAAUAUUUUCUAUGAAAAUUUAAAACGAAAAUUGAUUGAACGAGUGAAUUCGGAGGAGCGAGUGAAGGCAAUCGAGGAUCUUGGACUAUUGGAGGAAGAUUUAGUUCUCAAAUUGAAUACACCACUUGACACGCUUUCUCAUUAUUUGUCGAAUAAGUUGAAAUUUGAGCACAACGAGAGAGAUUUAGUCAUUUUGAGGCACGAUAUCGGUAUACGAUGGCCAGAUGGUAAACGCGAACUGCGAGGUGUUAAUAUGGUGAUUUAUGGAGAUCCUAAAGGACACUCGGCUAUGGCACGUACAGUUGGCUUCCCAGCUGCCAUUGCCGUUAAAAUGAUUUUAGACGGUGAAAUUCAACAAAGAGGGAACGUUCUUCCAUUUACGCCAGACAUCUAUCGUCCAUUGUUGAGUCGAUUGAGAGCCGAGGGUCUCGAGUCUUUUGAAACUUCUAAAUGGCUGUGAAAACAAAUCAUGAAAAAAAAAAUUCAUUUCGAAUCAUUUUUUUGAUACAAUGCACACUACACACCUGUAACAGAAAAAGUAAUUAAUUAAAUAGACAAUUAGGUAAGCAA